AUGUCCCUCCCAAACACCUACCAGCCCAUUAUAACAACGGAAAAAGACCUCCCAAUAGCCCAAAAACGCCGUACCAUCUACAUCCGCCCAUUUCUCCUCUUCUAUCUCAAUUCCCUCAUCGCAGAAAUCAUCUUCCUCGCCGUCGGCAUCUUCAUCAUGACCGGCACCCGCGAUCUUUUCUACAAAGUCAUGUGGACGCUCGUCUUCUGUCCGCUCGGUAUGGGCGGUGCCAUGGGCAGUCUGACAAAUGUCUUUAUUGUGGAUCACCAUUACGGAAAGAAGGCGGCUCAUUUCACGGGGAUCUUGUCAUUAUUGGUCUUCAGUGCUUGUAACUAUCUCUGCUAUAGCCUGGAUAGGCAUUUUGGAUGGUUUGGAGCGAGUGAGCAUCCGAUGUGGUUCCAUUGGCGGUAUCCUAUGAUUUGGUUUGUUGGAUACUGGAAUGGGUUGCUUUUGUUUACGGAUAAGGGGCAGGAGAGGCUUGCUAGGUUCGGGUUGUAG